AGUUAGGUGAGUUACAGUCCAAUAUGAGUGAGUUACCUGCACGGUAGCUGCGGGCUGGGCUCUAACCAGAUAACAAGGCCACCGUUUCUUGGCAGAGAGGAAUAAGAUCAUUUGGAGAAGAAAGAUAAUUUCUCCCUUGAGUCACAACGAGAAAGAAACUGAAAAAAGAGUGCAAAAGCUAUGCUGUUCCAAUCAAAACUGAAAAUGCUUUUCUGUGUCUGAGCAACUUUGAGAGGAUUGACUAAAGUGGAUGAGAUGAUUGCUUGGCUGAUCUCUCUGAGAAGUAUUGAAAUGAUACUUUUGGCAAUGCCUUGCCUGAGUUUCCACAUUGAACCUGAAGAAGGUAGCAUUGCAGGGGGAACGUGGAUCACAGUCAUUUUUGAUGAUUUGGAGUCCAGUCUCCUUUAUCCCACCAAUGGUUCUCAGCUGGAAAUACACCUGGUGAAUGUGGCUGUGCCUGCACUGCCCAGCAUCCCCUGUGAUGUCUCCCCUGUCUUCUUGGAUUUGCCGGUGGUGAUGUGCAAGACCAGGUCUCUGCUGUCCCAAGUACAUGAGGGCAUGUACCACCUCGAAGUGCACUCUGGGGGACAGGUGGUAGGCAGCCCAACUGCAGGACUACCAGACAGCUGUUCUUUCAAGUUUUCCAGGGCACAGACACCCAUUGUUUACCAAGUGAGUCCACCAAGCGGAGUUCCAGGACAACUAAUACAUGUGCAUGGCUGGAUUAUCACUGGACAAUUGGAAACCUUUGAUUUUAAUGCUGAGUACAUUGAUAGCCCAUUGAUCUUGGAAGCUCAAGGAGACUACUGGGUCACUCCUUGCUCUCUUGUAAAUAGGCAGACUGGAAGCUGCUACCCCCUUCAGGAAGACCAUGGUCUUGGCACUCUGCAGUGCCGUGUGGAAGGCAACUAUAUUGGUUCCCAGAAUGUUAGUUUCUCAGUAUUUAACAAAGGAAAGUCAAUGGUCCAUAAGAAUGCAUGGCUGAUCAGUGCUAAACAGGACCUUUUCCUGUACCAGACAUACUCAGAAAUACUGUCUGUGUUUCCAGAAACUGGGAGCCUUGGGGGAAAAACAGACAUCACAAUUACAGGAGACUUCUUUGACAUCCCUGCCCAGGUUACCAUUGCAGGCAUUCCAUGUGAUGUUAGACACGUGUCUCCCACGAGGAUUGCGUGCACCACUAGGGCCCCUGGAGAAGGUGCAAGGCUCACUGCUCCUCAGGCAGGCAACCGGGGGCUUCUUUUUGAGGUUGGAGAUGCUGCUGAGGGCUUAGACCUGACUGAAGCCACCCCUGGGUACCGGUGGCAGAUUGUCCCUAACGCCAGUUCUCCAUUUGGAUUUUGGUCAAAGGAAGGGCAACCUUUCAGAGCACGGCUCAGUGGGUUCUUUGUGGCCCCAGAAACAAAUAAUUACACUUUCUGGAUCCAGGCGGACAGCCAAGCUUCCCUGCAUUUCAGUCGGUCAGAGGAUCCCAGGACCAAGGUGAAGGUGGCCUCCAUCAGGGUGGGCACUGCUGACUGGUUUGACUCCUGGGAGAAUGGGAAUGAUGAAGGCACCUGGCAACGGAAGUCCCCCAAGUUGGAGCUGCUCGGGGGAGCCAGGUACUACCUGGAGGCAGAGCAGCGUGGGAGAGCCCCCAGCGGGGGCAUGAGAAUUGGUGUCCAGAUCCACAACACCUGGCUGAAUCCCGAUGUGGUCAGCACCUACCUGCGGGAGAAGCAUCAGAUCCGAAUCCGCGCUCGGAGACUUCCGGAGAUCCAGAUGCUAACUGUGUCUGGAAGUGGGAACUUCUUCCUUACUUGGGACAAUGUCUCUAGCCAGCCUAUCCCUGCAAAUGCCACAGCCCAUCAGAUUCAAACAGCCAUUGAAGAGUUACUUGCAGUCAAAUGCCAGCUGGAACCCUUUUCGGCUAACAUCCUCCUCCGAGUUGGAUUUGAAGAAGGCCCAGAAGGUUCCAGCUUUGAUGGGGACCUCACCAGUGGGACAGAGCCCUUCUGUGGGAGGUUCAGCCUCUGUCGGCCUCGACACCUUGUCCUCACACCCCCUGCUGCCCAGCACGGCUACCGGCUGGACCAGUACACACAGCUGUGCAUUGCAUACAAAGGCCACAUGAAUAAGACCCUGAAGGUGACCGUGUCUUUCACAUUCGAUCUUCAAAACAUCAUUAAGAACAUCACCUGUGACUGGAGUCUCAUCAGAACCAGUCCCGAAAGCUGGCGAUUCACUUGCACUAACCUCUGGAUGACUUGUGUGCAUCGCUCCACGCAUCUCCAGAGGCCUCUGGCAAACUCCCUGGUGCUGGUUCAUCGAAUUGACCUCUUCCCUCUGGCUCUGGAGACGGGCAUGUUCUGUGUGGAUGAAGUUAUUAUUGCAGACACAAACCUAACAGUUUCUCAGGCUGAUUCUGGAACAGCUCGCCCAGGUGGGAAUCUGGUGGAAUCACUCUCUGUGGUGGGAUCCCCUCCAGUCUACAAUGUAACCUCCUGGUUGGCAGGGUGUGGCUCAGAGCUCCCGCUCAUCACUGCAAGCGCUGUGCCCACCGAAGGAGCAGAAGAAGGAUCCGGGUUGGUCCAGGUGGCAACGCAGAGACUUCAGAGAACAAGUCCACCUUUAGGAGGACACUUUCGCAUCCACCUUUCUAAUACAGUGAUUCCUGAUGUUCCUGUACGUAUUUCAGCUAGUCACCUUCGCAAGCUCUUACAGAACAAUGCUGAUGACGUCACAUCCAGGUAUCUCAAUGUCAGUGACUUCACUGUGAAGGAGGAUCUGAAGUCUUGCUACGAACAUGUAUGGACUCUCUCGUGGUCCACCCAGGUUGGGGAUUUGCCCAAUUUCAUCCGGGUCUCUGAUGAAAAUCUAACCGGAGUGAACCCUGCUGCAACCACUCGUGUGGUAUAUGAUGGUGGAGUUUUUCUUGCACCCAUAUUUGGAGACAUGUUGGUUACUGCCAACCAGCACACUCAGGUAGUUGUGCAAGUGAAUGACAUACUAGCUCAUUGCUCAGGUUCCUGUUCUUUCCAGUAUCUUGAAGGGUCAACUCCCCGAGUCCACUCUGUGUGGUAUGCCCUUGAUGGUGACAUGGACCUACUGGUUUACAUUACUGGAACUAGUUUCUCGGGGGACUCCCAGGCCUUGCAGAUUACAGUGAAUAAAACAAGUUGCAAAGUUAUUUUCUCAAACCAGACAGAUGUGGUCUGCCAGACAGACCUGCUACCUGUCGGAGUGUAUCAGAUCUCAGUGCUGGUGAGACCCUCGGGUCGUGCCAUCAAUGCCAGUGGAGGAGGCCUCUUCCUGAAUGUGGAACCCAGACUGGAUGCUGUGGAGCCUCCAAGAGCUGCAGAGAUCGGAGGACUCUGGGCCACCGUCCGAGGCUCUGGUUUGGAAGAUGUCAACCUCGUUUUAUUUGGAUCUCAGUCUUGUGCCAUCAAUGUCACCACAAGCAAUUCACGGAGAAUUCAAUGCCAAGUUCCACCCAGAGGGAAAGACGGAUCCAUUGUGAAUGUGACGGUGAUCAGAGGGGACCAUUCUGCAGUUCUUUCCAUGGCAUUUACAUAUGUUCCUUCUUUAAAUCCAGUGAUCAUGUCUCUGAGCAGAAACAAAAGUAACAUAGCAGGAGGUGAGACCCUUUUCAUCGGCGUGGCGCUGCCGGUGGACUACUUGGAUUUGCAUGUGGAAGUCCACAUCCAGGAUUCUUUGGCUCGGGUUCAUGCGGAGACUGCCCAGGGCCUGGAGGUGGUGCUGCCCCCGCUGCCAGCUGGCCUCCACAGAAUCUCAGUCUCCAUCAACGGGGUCAGCAUUCGUGCACAAGGGGUGGAUCUUCACAUCCAGUACAUCACAGAAGUUUUCAGCAUCGAGCCUUGCUGUGGGUCCCUUCUGGGUGGAACCAUCCUCAGCAUCGUAGGAGCAGGGUUCAGCAGGGACCCAGCUUUAAUUUGGGUGCUUGUGGGCAAUCGGUCCUGUGACAUUGUGAACUUAACAGAGACAAACAUCUGGUGUGAGACGCCCACCCUCCUGCCACCUGAGGCAGACGUCCUCACUGUCCCAGCCCCCGUGGAGGUCUGGGCUGGCAACAGGUCCUUCACCCAGGCACCUGGACCACACCUGGUGGGGAAGGGCUUCACCUUCACGUACGAGGUGGCAACAACGCCAGUGGUCACUGCCGUGCGAGGAGAAUUCACAAAUAGCAGCCUGAGCCUCUACGUGGAAGGAAAUAACCUCUCCAACUCAGUGAUGCUUCUGGGGGACUUGAACUGCGACCUAGAGACACAGUCUUUCGGGAGCAACGUGAGCCUGUCCGGGUGCUCCUUUCCUCUCCACGGUUUGGAGGCCGGUGUCUAUCCCCUUCAAGUACGUCACAAGCAGAUGGGCUUUGCUAACAUGUCUGCGGUGCCCCAGCAAUUUGUGGUGACACCGCAGAUAAUGGCCAUCUCGCCAGCCAAGGGUUCUGCUUGUGGUGGGACGGUACUCACGGUGAGCGGGUUGGCUCUCAACUCCAGGAGGAAGUCGGUUCAGGUGGAUCUUUCGGGUCCCGUUACUUGUGCGACUUUGAGCUUGGGGGACCAGACAGUCCUGUGCCAGGUUGACCUGCUGGGCGACUCCUUGCCUGGUGCUUCCUUCACCCUGAACGUCUCAGUCCUGGUCAAUGGGCUACCCAGCGAGUGCCAGGGUAAUUGCACUCUUUCCUUGAGCGAAGAGACAACUCCUGUCGUGGAUGCCUUGACCACUAACAUCAGUGGGUCUCUGACUUCAGUGCUGAUUAGAGGUCAGAGGUUAGGCACCACAGCCAAUGAGCCAGUGGUGUAUUUGGAUGAUCAUCUCCCUUGUACUGUAACCUUCUUUAAUGCAAGCCACAUCACAUGCUGGAUAAGUGACUUGAGCCCGGGACUCCACUACUUAUCAGUUGUUCAUUCAAGAAAUGGGUAUGCUUGUUCUGGUAACGUUUCCAGACACUUCUCUAUUUUGCCUCAGGUGUUGGAUUAUUUCCCCAAGAAUUUCAGCACACAUGGCGGAGGCCUUUUGACCUUAGAGGGCACCGCCCUAAGAGGGCAGAACAGCACGUUGGUCUACAUUGGGCAGCGGGCCUGCCUGACGGUGACCAUCAGCGCGGAGCUCAUCCGGUGCAUUGUUCCUGCAGGGAAUGGCUCUGCUGUCCUGGACAUAGAGGUGGAUGGACGUUCAUACCAGAUGGGAGUCAUUGAUUAUAGCAGCACCUUCACCCCGGAAUUGCUCUCUGUUUCUCACACUGGUGACGUCUUAACCUUUGUGGUGGCCCGGAUCUCAGGAGCUGAGAACGUUGACAUUUUUAUCGGGGUAUCACCCUGUGUGGGUGUCGCUGGCAACUGCACGGUUCUCCAGUGCGUGGUCCCAGUCCUUGCUGCCGGGGAGUACCAAGUCAGAGGUUAUGACCACAUAAGAGGGUGGGCCUCAUCUGUCCUGGUGUUCACAUCGAGAGUUACUGUCACAGCAGUGACUGAGAGCUUUGGCUGCCUGGGUGGACGGCUUGUGCAUGUGUUUGGAGCAGGAUUUUCUCCAGGGAACAUCUCAGCUGCCGUGUGUGGUGCUCCCUGCCAAAUCCUGGCUAACGCUACAGUGUCUGCCUUCAGCUGCUUGGUUUUUCCCCUGGAUGUGUCCCUGGCUUCCCUGUGUGACCUGAAGCAUGAGCAGGAGAGCUGUGAAGCCGCCAGUCACACCUACGUGCAGUGUGAUUUGACUGUCACUGUGGGGGCAGAGAGACUGCCUGAAUCAUGGCCUUACCUCUACAUUUGUGAAGAAAGUUCCCAAUGCCACUGGACAGAAUCAGCCUUUCCAUUGUUCUCAGGCCUCUUCCUCAGCCCUAAAGUGGAAAGAGAUGAAGUUCUCAUCUAUAAUAGCUCCUGUAACAUUACCAUGGAAACUGAGGCAAAGAUGGAGUGUGAGACGCCUAAUCAGCCAAUUACCGCCAAGAUUACUGAGAUACGGAAAAGCCGGGGCCAGAACACUCAGGGCAAUGUUUCCUUUCAUUUCUGUCGGAGGUGGUCAAGGGCUUACAGCUGGUUUCCUGAACGGGCGCCACAAGAUGGCGACAACGUCACGGUGGAGAAUGGCCAACUGCUCCUGCUAGACACCAACACAAGCAUUCUCAACUUCCUGCACGUUAAAGGAGGCAAGCUGAUUUUCAUGGACCAAGGAACCAUUGAGCUCAGGGCGCACUCCAUCCUUGUUUCUGAUGGUGGAGAGCUCCGGAUUGGAUCUGAGGACAAGCCCUUCCAAGGCCAAGCUGAGAUCACAUUGUAUGGGAGUUCCCGCUCUACCCCCUUUUUUCCAUAUGGAGUCAAGUUCCUGGCUGUGAGGAAUGGAACUCUUUCCCUGCAUGGUUCACUACCAGAAGUAAUUGUCACUCAUCUUCGAGCAGCUGCCUCUGCCCGUGACACAGUGUUGGCUCUAGAAGAUGCUGUGGACUGGCACUCUGGGGAUGCAGUUGUCAUCGUCAGUGGAAUGGGUGUUGAAGGUGCCAGACCCAUGGAGGAGAUUGUCGUUGUGGAAACUGUGCACAAUGCAGACCUGUAUCUGAGAUCACCCUUAAGAUAUUCUCACGACUUCACAGAGAAUUGGGUAGCUGGAGAGCACCAUAUUCUAAAGGCCACAGUGGCCCUGCUCAGCAGGAGGAUUAUCAUACGAGGAAAUCUCACCAGUGAGAGGACAAAGUUCCUUGCUUCAUGCCAGGAGGCUAACACUUCAGAAGGUAAUUUGCAGCACUGUUUGUAUUCCAAGAGUGAGAAGAUGCUGGGAUCCAGGGACCUGGGGGCCAGAAUCAUCAUUCAGUCCUUCCCAGAGGAGCCCAGCCGGGUACAAUUGCAGGGAGUGCAGUUCCGGAACUUGGGGCAAGCCUUCCAUAAGCAUCUGAGCUCUCUGACUCUGGUGGGAGCUAUGAGAGGUACACACGUGGAGACAAGAUAUAUCCCUUGGGAGGCUAUUCCUGGAAGGAAAAAUGGUAAAUUUGGACUCUCCAGUCCUGAAAUGUUGACACCAUCUGGUGUCUAUAUCCGCAACCCCACCAAUGUUGUAGAGGGAAACGCAGUGUGUGAUGCUGGUUUUGGCUACUUUUUCCAUCUUGUGACCAACCAAACUUCACAAGCUCCACUUCUCUCCUUCACUGGGAAUAUUGCACAUUCUUGUACAAGAUAUGGACUCUUUGUCUACCCUAAGUUUCAGCCACCUUGGGAAAAUGACACUGGCCCCACCCUGUUCCAAAACUUCAGGGUUUGGGGAAGUGCAGGUGGUGUGCAGAUUUUUAGAAGUAGCAAUCUUCACCUGAAAAACUUCCAGGUUUAUUCAUGCAGAGAUUUUGGAAUUGAUAUCUUGGAAAGUGAUGCAAAAACUUUAGUUACUGACAGCUUAUUCCUUGGUCAUUUUGCUCACCAGGGAAGCCUGUGUAUGUCAGCAGGGAUCAAAACUCCCAAAAGAUGGGAACUGAUGGUAUCUAACACAACUUUUGUUAAUUUUGAUCUCACUGGCUGCGUGUCCAUCAGAACCUGUUCGGGCUGUUCCCGAGGACAGGGUGGAUUUACUGUGAAGACCAACCAGUUAAAGUUUACAAACUCUCCCAACGUAGUAGCAUUUCCAUUUCCUCAUGCCGCAAUUUUGGAAGACGUGGAUGGGUCUCUGUCUGGGAAAAAUGGAAGUCACAUUCUUGCUUCUAUGGAAACCCUCUCAGAUUCUUGUUUGGUCAGUGCCAGAUUCAGUCAGAUUGUCCCUGGCAGUGUCUGUGGGGAAGAUGUUUUCUUUCAUCGUAUGUCUAUUGGAUUAACUAAUGCUCCGGAUGUUUCUUAUGACUUAACCUUGACUGACAGCAGAAAUAAGACAACCACUGUCAACUAUGUGCGUGACACAUUGUCUAACCCUGAUGGCUGGAUGGCUCUGCUCUUGGAUCAAGAGACCUACUCACUGCGAUUUGAGACUCCUCGGACCAACAGAUCUCUGCAGGGAAUUUAUUCAAUGUACUCAGCAACAUUUGACAACUUUGCUCCUGGGAAUUACCUCCGGCUGGUCCACCCAGUCCUGUGGCCUUCCCCUGACAUCCUCAUACGGUGCGGGAGUCGAGUGGGGCGGUCUUUGCCCUCUCUUCCAUCGCCUGGUAAAGACCAAGGCUGUGACUGGUUCUUCAAUAGCCAGUUGAGGCAACUCACCUAUCUGGUUUCAGGUGAAGGUCAAGUCCAAGUGAUUGUCCAGGUGAAGGAAGGUGUGCCCCCAACUAUUUCAGCUACUACCUCUGUGCCUGAAUCAGCUUUAAAAUGGUCCCUCCCUGAAGCAUGGACAGGCAUUGAAGAGGGCUGGGGAGGACACAACCAUACCAUCCCAGGCCCUGGGGAUGACGUCCUGAUUUUACCAAACAGGACUGUCCUUGUGGAUACAGACCUUCCAUUCCUCAAAGGCCUCUAUGUGGUGGGGACUUUAGAGUUCCCUGUGGACAGAAGCAACGUUCUGAGUGUGGCCUGCAUGGUCAUUGCAGGAGGGGAACUGAAAGUCGGUACUUUGGAAAAUCCCUUACAAAAAGAACAAAAGCUUCUGAUUCUCCUUAGAGCCUCAGAGGGAGUCUUUUGUGACCGUUUCAAUGGAAUUCAUAUUGAUCCAGGAACAAUCGGAGUUUAUGGGAAACUUCAGCUUCACAGUGCUUAUCCCAAGAAAUCCUGGACACGGCUUGGGGCUGACAUUGCUUCAGGCAAUGAGAGAAUUAUAGUAGAGGACGCCGUGGAUUGGCGACCCCACGACAAAAUUGUGCUUGGCUCCUCUUCCUAUGAGCCUCAUGAAGCAGAGGUCCUCACUGUGAAAGAAGUUAAGGGCCACCAUGUUCGGAUCCAGGAGCGGCUCAAGCACCGGCACAUUGGAAGCGUACACGUCCUGGAGGAUGGCCCAUACAUUCGUUUGGCUGCUGAAGUUGGACUUUUGACCCGAAAUAUACAAAUCCAGUCUGAUACAUCGUGUAGGGGGAGACUGCUUGUGGGGUCCUUCAGGAAGUCCAGCAGAGAAGAAUUUUCAGGUGUCCUUCAACUAUUAAAUGUAGAAAUUCAGAACUUUGGCUCACCAUUGUUUUCAUCCCUUGAAUUCACGAAUGUGUCGGCAGGAUCCUGGAUAAUAUCUUCUGCUCUGCACCACAGCUGCGGUGGGGGCAUUGGCGCAGUUGCCAGUCAUGGGAUCAUUUUAAAUGACAACAUAGUGUUUAGCACCGUUGGUCAUGGCAUUGAUUUGGAGGGUCAGGCCUAUUCUCUCUCUAAUAACCUUGUGGUUCUGAUGACACAGUCAGCGUGGUCCACCAUUUGGGUGGCAGGCAUCAAAGUGAACCAGGCAAAGGACAUCACCCUCCAUGGUAAUGUCGUGGCAGGAUCGGAGAGACUUGGCUUUCACAUCCGAGGCCAGAGGUGUUCCCCUCUUGAAGCUCUCUGGUCUGACAAUGUGGCCCACUCAAGCCUUCACGGUCUUCAUCUCUAUAAGGAAAGUGGACUUGGCAACUGUACUAGAAUCUCUGGUUUUUUGGCUUUCAAGAACUUUGACUACGGUGCCAUGCUACAUGUGGAGAACAGUGUGGAGAUAGAGAACGUCACUCUGGUGGACAACGCUAUUGGUCUUCUGGCGAUAGUAUAUGUGUCUUCUGCUUCACAGCCUUCAAUCGAAAAUGUGCAGAUUGUGCUUAGGAAUUCAGUCAUUGUGGCCACUAGCUCCUCUUUUGACUGCAUUCAGGACAGGGUUAAGCCUGGCUCUGCCAACUGGACAUUAAUGGACCGAGCUCCUUCCAACCCCAGAGGGGGUCGAGUUGGUAUUCUGUGGCCAGUGUUCACCUCAGAACCAAAUCGGUGGCCUCAGGAACCAUGGCACAAAGUGAGAAAUGGCCAUUCAGUUUCAGGAAUCAUGAAGCUUCAAGAUGUCACCUUUUCUAGUUUUGUGAAGAGUUGCUAUAGCAAUGACCUAGAUGUAUGCAUUCUGCCCAAUGCAGAGAACACUGGAAUCAUUCAUCCCAUAACAGCAGAGAGGACCAAAAUGCUAAAGAUCAAAGAUAAAAACAAGUUCUACUUUCCUCCUUUACAAACCAGGGAAGAUUUAGGAACACUGGUCUGCCCUGAAUCCCUUUGUGAAAAUCCAAGAAAAUAUCUCUUUAAGGAUCUCGAUGGGAGAGCCCUGGGUCUACCUCCACCAGUUUCUGUGUUUCCUAAAACUGAGGCAGAAUGGACUGGAUCCUUCUUCAACACAGGUACAUUUAGAGAAGAACAGAAAUGCACAUACCGAUCCCUGAUACAAGGCUACAUCUGCAAAGAGACUGACCAAGUGAUCUUAAUUCUUGACAUUGUUAAUGCCACUUGGGCAAUGAGGAAGUUAUAUCCUGUUGUUUCUGUGACUAGUGGUUUUGUUGACACCUUCAGUAGUGUAAAUGCCAAUACUUCCUGCUCUACUUCAGGGUCUGUAUCCACUUUCUAUUCCAUUUUACCCACCAGGGAAACCACCAAGGUCUGCUUUGUGGAUCAGACUCCUCAAGUUUUGCGUUUUUUUCUAUUGGGGAACAAAAGUACCUCCAAACUUCUGUUGGCUGUAUUCUACCAUGAACUCCAGAGCCCCCAUGUUUUCUUAGGGGAAAGUUUCAUCCCACCUACUCUGGUUCAAUCAACUUCCUCAUUGCUGGAUGAGUCUGUUGGUUCCAACUAUUUCAGCAUCAUGGAUAACCUCUUGUAUGUUGUUCUACAAGGAGAGGAGCUGGUUGAAAUACGCUCAGGUGUUUCCAUUCAUUUGGCCUUCACUGUGCUGUUUUCAGUCCUAGAAAAAGGCUGGGAAAUGGUGACCCUUGAAAGACUAACUGAAUUCUUACAGAUUAGCCGAGACCAAAUUAGAUUUAUUUACGAUAUGCCUGGCAAUGAAGCAACCUUAAAGGCCAUUGCUGACCGUAGAGCAAAAAGAAAGCGCAAUUGCCCAACUGUACCUUGUACCAGUUAUUAUAGAGCUGGUCAACGUAGACCUCUCAUGAUGGAAAUGAACUCAUACAGGGUUCCCCCACCAACCACCAUGGAAACUAUGUCAAAAGUGAUGGUCAUUGAAAUUGGUGAUCUGCCAACAGUAAGGAGCCCUGGAUGGAUUCCAUCCUUACCAAGCGACAAAUUACAGAAUUUGGCUCACCAGGUUAUCACCGCUCAACAGACUGGAGUACUAGAGAGUAUGCUGAAUCUGACUGUUGGAGCCUUACUGGUGACUCACUCAGAGGGAGUCAUUGGCUAUGGAAAUAAAAGCAAUUUUAAAACUGGGAACUCGAUAUAUGUUCGGCCCUAUGCUCUUUCAGUCCUAGUCCAGCCUUCAGAUGGAGAAGUGGGGAAAGAACUUCCAGUACAACCACAGCUCAUUUUUCUGGAUAAGCAGAAUCGGAGAGUAGAGUCCUUGGGGCUGCCAUCAGAGCCUUGGGCCAUUUCUGUUUCCCUGGAAGGGACUUCAGAUUCAGUGCUGAAAGGGUGUACUCAGGCAGAAACUCGAGAUGGUUAUGUGAGCUUCUCCAACUUGGCAAUUUUGAUUUCUGGGUCAAAUUGGCACUUUCUUUUUACUGUCAUUUCCCCUCCAGGAACCAAUUUUACAACUCGAUCCAGGCCAUUCGCCAUCUUACCUGUGACUAGGUCAGAGAAGUCGACCAUCAUCUUGUCUGCCUCCCUGUGCUCAGUGGUCUCGUGGCUGGCUCUGUGCUGUCUGGUGUGCUGUUGGUUUAAGAAAAGCAAAAGCAGAAAAAUAAAGAGUGAAGAUAUUUCUGCAUCCCAGACUAAUGAUCAAAAGAAUCAUGUCCAUGUCUCAUCUAAAUGCCAAGGAUCAGAGGUAGAGACUAAAAAAGAAGACCCCAUCAUGGGAGAAGAUAUGAGGAUGAAGGUCAUGCUGGGCAAGCUGAACCAACUCCCCCACCAGUCAGUAAACGGGGUGUCCAGAAGGAAGGUUAGCCGCCGUGCUGUCCGAGAAGAGGGUGGUGGCCGAGAAGAGGCCGCAGUAUCUGCUCCCAGUACGACCACUGUCACAUCUCCUGGGCACACCUGUGCUCCAGGCUCUCCUGCUCAGCAGAUGUGCAUGCAGGAGGCUGGAAACUGGAAAGAGGCCCAAGAGCAGUUGCUGAGAUACCAGCUGGCAGGUCAAGAUCAGCUGCUGCUGCUCUGUCCAGACCUCAGACACGAGAGGCAGCAGAUGCAGGAACAGAGUCGGCUGGCCAAGGACGGUGGCAGCUCAGGACGUUCCCAAGAGAAGAAAGCAUCCUGUGGUGCCAGCGAGGCAUUCUGCCUUCAUUCAGUCCAUCCCCAAGGUAUUCAGGAACAGCUGUGACCCAGGAGCAGCGCGGGCCUUUGGGCUGAAAGUCAGAAUGUUCAACAUAUUUCUUGAAAAUGAACAGGGGAGAUGAGGCCUGACUUAUAUAGACACUAAGAAGGAAGAAUAUGGACUCUAAAAUCUCUUUUUUUUUCAACUUUGAAAUGGGAGAUAGUCAUAUAAAUGCUUGAAGAUUGAGAGAAUGCUAGAUAUGUCUUUUGUAUUUAUUAUGGAUCUUAGUCCAAUGUCAGUCAAAUAAUAGGUUCCCAAGUAUUUGUUAAUAUUUUACUUGUUAAUUUAAGCCUGAUUUUGCCAUCUUAAUAAUGAUAUAACACUUACUUAUACCAGUAGGGGUUGUUAUUAAGCUUCCUUUAGGAGGACCACCCCCAAUUCUUUGGGCUUCUCUUAUUAAGGGGUCAUGAGAAGAUCUGGUCUGCUACGAUUAUUUCUGCAGUGUUACAGUAAGGUAUUUUUUUUGUCUUAUAGGAACAUUUGAAUGGUAAGAGAUCUAUCAGAACUUACCUUUUAACUAGAACACAACAUCCUGGGUUUUACCAAGCUGAUUUCAUUUUAUGCUUAAAUGCAAUCAUUAUUGGGAGCUCACAAUAGAGCAAACGUAUCAAGUUUGCACCUCAUGAGUAUUGAUACAUGAAAAUUGAUAUUCUCAUGGGAUUUGCUGAGAUUUUUAAUUAAAUAUAAACAUACAAGAAAAGCAAGUUCAGGAAAAUUAACUGUUUAUAGGUCAAAGUUAUUUCUAGAUAGUUCUUUGUAGUAGUAACUGGGUAAAAUUACAACUGGAAUUAAAAAAACAAAACAAAACAAACAAACAAAAAAAACCUGUGUGUUGGGAGACCAGGAUAACCAAGUGGCCAAAUGGAUUAUCAGUUAACUCAUUUAUCAGAGAACUGCUUUGGCAGAAAAGUACUUCAUAGAGCUGUCUGAUGAGGUGGGGAAGAGAUUACAUGUGCAGCCUUUCUGGGCUAUGCUAGAGGCUCUGAUGGAGACCAGAGUAGAGGGUCAACUGGUGUUAAGCUGGGUAAAGAUGCCAAUGGCAAUGUCACCUAAUUCAUACAUUUCCACAGGGCCCAUCCGUGUUCAUACUAAAGGGUACUUUAAGGAGCGUGACUGUGUCAUUGGCUCUGGAUCCAGAAGGCCCUGUGCUCCGAAGGAGUAAAGCAAAGAUAGCAGAGGGGAACAGGAUUUUCAGAAAGAACUUCCUCUCACCUUUUCCCUAAGUAUAAACCAGGAUUUUCCCACCUCCAGAAGGUUAAAGGGCUGUCCUGUGUUUGAAUUAGAUCAGAGGAAGGAGAUGGACUCUUCUAUGGCAGAAUUUUAAAUAAGGAUGCCCUGGAAUUAGCCCCAUAGAAAAUACUGGCAAAAAGUCAUCAUCACAGGGCGUCAAUGGGAAAAUAUGUGUCACCUUGCCAUGAGUUGGCAGGAGCUUUCUCGGCCUCUUUGUCCAUUCUUUUGGUGUCUUGUGACAUCUCAAACCUUCAAGCUGCCCCUAAAGGAGACAGGCAGCCUUCUCCGUGGCACAGUGUUGAAUACAGAGGGAGGAACAAUUAGACGUACUUCAAGAGAUCUUAAUCCAGACUCGCUGUGUUUAAGGAGGGCAUGGAUGGGCAAUCUGUCCUACAGACAUUAACUGUGGAGGCACAAAAUAGCUGCCUGAAGGGUAAAUCCCAUUGCAGAUGUAUGUUUUUUGGGCACUAACAGUAUCUAAAAAACAUAACAACAGAAACAAUAACGUGAAUGGCUUAGGCAGACUAUGCCUUCUCUAGUUUAAUUCGUCCCUGCUAUCACCUGUUCUUUAUCUCAUUUUUGUAGCUUCCUAGUCUGAGUAAUUUUGUUUGCAAUCUUUACUUUAGUCCUCAAAGAGCUGUGAUCUUUUUGUACAAAAACAUUUUAGAAGUUAAGGCUUUUGCGGAUUAUACAAUGGUAGGAGUCUUAGCACUACCUACUGAGGUCUGUCUACACAUUCUCCCUUUCACUCUGGUGACUUCUUUCACCGUCUCAAAUUCCAGCCUAGAUUUCUUUCCUGAGCUCUGUGCCAUAUAUUUAGCUGCCACUGAGAACUAUCCGCUCGGAUGCCCCGCAGCCACUAUGCCUUAACAUGGCCUCACAGCCCCCUCCUCCUCAUGCUUUCCCUAACGCAAUACACCACGUCCCUGCACUCAGACCAGACAUCUAGAAAUGAGCCAUGAUUCCAUGUUCUAUCUUACCCUUCCCAAAGGGUCAGCUACCAGCUCUGUUAUUUCUAUUUCUUCUUUACUCUUCUCUCAAUUUUUACUAUUGUCUUAUCUAUCCUCCGUGUGCCAAAAGACUCACCUUUCUGGAAGGCAAGUUUGAUUCUAUCCUUCUGUUUAGGAAUAAUUAUAAUUAGCCUAUUAAUUCUACCCCCAGCAAAGCCCAGGAUCCCUAUGGUCAGAAUGGAUUCUUUGACCCUGAACAACAGCCACAAACAUCCAGAGUAACUUGCAGGGUUCUCGAACGGGGCAUGGAAUUUCAGAGUCUGGCCAGAAUUGCCCAAACCAUAGUUAAGCCCAUCCUCUUUUUCCUUCUCAAAAAAUGAGAGAAUUGUGUAAAUGCUGGAAACAAAUAGAACAGCUCAUAGUUCAUUCAUGUCUGGAGAUGAGCUGAUUAGAUAAAGCAUAACUAUAGGCUGGCCAACCCUAAACUUAUUAAGACCAUUAAUAUGGGUAACCCAGCAAAUAUUUUACAGCAGUAACAAUGCUUUAUUCAAAUAAAUAAUUGAAAAAUAUCUUGUUCCUGUGUUAUUCCAAAGAAUCUAUUUCUGCCUCCAUUUCUGAUUUUCUAUAUAUGGUGAACUCCUUUCCCCCAAGAUUCUGAACAAACUAAAAUUCUAGAUAGUUUAAAAAAAUUGUAAAUGUUUAUGGGUAUUAAAGUUGAGAGAAGAAUGAAGGAAAUUAGGGUAGUUUCCACCAUCUCUUGGGUUUGGGGGAUUGUGUUCAGGGAAAGUACCAGACUGUGACCGAACUUCAUGUCUCAGAGUAAGAGACUGAGCCAAUCUG